AUUGGCUGUCCCAGGGCCCCGAUAGCGUCAUCUGACUUGGGGCUCAUCACCCUCGGCCAUCAGGAUCUCGCUCUUCACUCUUCGGUUUCUGAGAGAGGCAGGGAGGCCUUGCCAGGAGUGGUCUUGCCAUCUCUGCUUACUGCUCUCAGUUCUCUAAGAGUGGAGGGAAAAUCCAGGGAUCUGAGGUGACCACUGAGGAGGGUUCCGGAAUGGGUGUAAAGUACGGUGUCCCAUCGUCUCAUCUCCUCAGGUUCAGGGAAAGUUCGGGGGCCUUGAGGAAGGACAGAAAAGAGGUCAGGGAGAAGAACUUGACCUGCAGAGGUGGGAGUCGGGGUGUGAAGCAGGAGAUGAGAAAGCUGAUGGGAAAUGCCUGCUUCUGAGGUUGUGCGGACGAGCCCAGAGAGUGCCCCAGCCAGACAGAGCAGGGCAGGAGGAACUGACGCUGCAGCUGGGACAGAGGGUGGAUGCCAGAAAGGACUUCCUAGACUAACUGGGUGAGGAGGAAGAAGGGAGCAAUCCUAGGAUUUGGAGGGGAGCGUGAGGAGGAUAAAAGUUAAACUGCAGAAGAGACUUCCUGCCAGGAAUGAGACCUUGAUGGCCAAGUUUCCUUUCUUAAAGAUCCUGGAGAAGACAAGUGAAGAGAUUGAAACCAGGCUCCUCCUCCCUGAGGUUAGCAGGGGACACGCUGCCUCCUGCAGAGAGGCCCUGUGUCCCUGGGCUGAGCAGACGUGGAGGCCUCUAAGGUUUGGGAUCCUGACCUCCUGUUGAGGGUGGCAGUGGAGGCAUCCUGCCCCCUUCAGCCAAUCUGAUGAGGGGAUCUCCUGCCCCCCCACUGUGACUGCCACUGCCACAGAGACAGCGGCUCCACCACCGGUUGUCAUGGUUAUAAGAGGAGCUAACUCCCAUAGAUUUGAAAGCGCUGGUGAGCUGGCACCUUCUGCUUUGCCUGCUCUCCCCUCCUCUCUGCGCAUCUUCUCCCGGCACAGAGAAGAGAGUACAGCAGCUUGGGGGCGAGCAGAGCUAGAGCCAGGAGGUGGAGUGAGGACGCGGAGGUCUAGAGCCGUGGAGAUGAGCGGCAACAGGAGGCAACCCAGCCGCAGGGGCCAGACCCGGGAAAAGGAGAAGAUGAAGGAAGCCAAGGACGCGCGCUACACCAAUGGGCACCUCUUCACCACCAUCUCUGUUUCGGGCAUGACCAUGUGCUAUGCCUGUAACAAGAGCAUCACAGCCAAGGAAGCCCUCAUCUGCCCAACCUGCAAUGUGACUAUCCACAACCGCUGUAAAGACACCCUCGCCAACUGUACCAAGGUCAAGCAGAAGCAACAGAAAGCUGCCCUGCUGAAGAACAACACUGCCUUGCAGUCCGUUUCACUUCGCAGUAAGACUACCACUCGGGAGCGGCCCAGCUCAGCCAUCUACCCCUCCGACAUCCGGCAGUCCCUGCUCGGCUCCCGCCGUGGCCGCUCCUCCUUGUCUUUAGCCAAAAGCGUCUCCACCACCAAUAUUGCUGGACACUUCAAUGAUGAGUCUCCCCUGGGGCUGCGCCGGAUCCUCUCACAGUCCACGGACUCCCUCAACAUGCGGAACCGGACACUGUCGGUGGAGUCCCUCAUCGACGAAGGUGCCGAAGUGAUCUACAGUGAGCUGAUGAGUGACUUUGAGAUGGAUGAGAAGGAUUUUGCAGCUGACUCCUGGAGCCUUGCGGUGGAUAGCAGCUUCUUGCAGCAGCAUAAAAAGGAGGUGAUGAAGCAGCAGGAUGUCAUCUAUGAGCUGAUCCAGACAGAGCUGCACCACGUGCGGACACUGAAGAUCAUGACCCGCCUCUUCCGCACGGGCAUGCUGGAAGAGCUGCAGCUGGAGCCGGGAGUGGUCCAGGGCCUGUUCCCCUGUGUGGACGAGCUCACUGACAUCCACACGCGCUUCCUCAGCCAGCUGCUGGAUCGCCGGCGCCAUGCCCUGUGCCCUGGUAGCACCCGGAACUUCGUCAUCCAUCGCUUGGGGGACCUGCUCAUCAGCCAGUUCUCAGGUCCUAGCGCAGAGCAGAUGCGGAAGACCUACUCAGAGUUCUGUAGCCGCCACACCAAGGCCUUAAAACUCUAUAAGGAGCUGUAUGCCCGAGACAAACGCUUCCAGCAGUUCAUCCGGAAAGUGACCCGCUCGGCGGUGCUGAAGCGGCAUGGGGUACAAGAGUGCAUUCUGCUAGUGACUCAGCGCAUCACCAAGUACCCGGUGCUCAUCAACCGCAUCCUGCAGCAUUCCCAUGGGAUGGAAGAGGAGCGCCAGGACCUGACCACGGCCCUGGGGCUGGUGAAGGAGCUGCUGUCCAACGUGGACCAGGAUGUGCACGAGCUGGAGAAAGGGGCCCGCCUGCAGGAGAUCUACAACCGCAUGGACCCUCGGGCCCAGGCCCCGGUUCCCGGCAAGGGCCCCUUUGGCCGAGAGGAGCUCCUGCGGCGCAAGCUCAUCCACGAUGGCUGCCUGCUCUGGAAGACGGCGACUGGGCGCUUCAAAGAUGUGCUCAUGCUGCUGAUGACAGAUGUGCUGGUGUUUCUCCAAGAGAAGGACCAGAAGUACAUCUUUCCUGCCCUGGACAAGCCCUCGGUGGUGUCACUGCAGAAUCUCAUCGUGCGGGACAUCGCUAACCAGGAGAAAGGGAUGUUUCUGAUCAGUGCGGCACCCCCUGAGAUGUACGAGGUCCACACGGCAUCCCGGGAUGACCGGAGCACCUGGAUCCGCGUCAUUCAGCAGAGUGUGCGAGUAUGCCCAUCCAGGGAGGACUUCCCCCUGAUUGAGACAGAGGAUGAGGCUUACCUCCGGCGUAUCAAGAUGGAGCUGCAGCAGAAAGACCGGGCCCUGGUGGAGCUGCUGCAGGAGAAGGUUGGGCUAUUUGCCGAGAUGACCCACUUCCAGGUGGAAGAGGAUGGCGGCAGCGGGGUGCCCCUGCCCACCCUGCCCAGGGGCCUCUUCCGCUCUGAGUCCCUUGAGUCCCCUCGUGGCGAGCGGCUACUGCAGGACGCCAUCCGUGAGGUGGAGGGCCUGAAAGACCUGCUGGUAGGGCCUGGAGUGGAGCUGCUCUUGACACCCCGGGAACCGUCCUUGCCCGUGGAGCCAGAUAGCGGUGGUAACACAAGUCCUGGAGUCACUGCCAAUGGUGAGGCCAGAACCUUCAAUGGAUCCAUUGAGCUCUGCAGAGCCGACUCAGACUCCAGCCAGAAGGAUCGAAAUGGAAAUCAGCUGAGAUCUCCCCAGGAGGAAGCGUUGCAGCGAUUGAUCAAUCUCUAUGGACUCCUGCAUGGCCUACAGGCGGCUGUGGCCCAGCAGGACACUUUGAUGGAAGCCCGGUUCCCUGAGGGCCCCGAGCGGCGGGAAAAGCUGACCAGAGCCAAUUCCCGGGAUGGGGAGGCUGGCAGAGCCGGGGGCGUCCCUGUGGCUCCUGAAAAGCAGGCUACGGAACUGGCGUUGCUGCAGCGGCAACACGCGCUAUUGCAGGAGGAGCUGCGGCGCUGCCGACGGCUCGGCGAGGAGCGUGCGACUGAGGCCGGCAGCUUGGAAGCCCGGCUCCGGGAGAGCGAGCAGGCCCGCGCCCUGCUGGAGCGGGAGGCCGAGGAGGCUCGCAGGCAGCUGGCCGCCUUGGGCCACACGGAACCCCCACUCGUGGCUGAGGCCCCCUGGGCCCGCCGGCCUCUGGAUCCGCGGCGUCGGAGCCUCCCUGCUGGUGAUGCCCUGUACUUGAGUUUCACACCCCCACAGCCCAGCAGAGGCCACGACCGCCUGGAUUUGCCUGUGACUAUUCGCUCCGUCCAUCGACCCUUUGAGGAUCGAGAGAGGCAGGAGCUGGGCAGCCCCGACGAGCGGCUGCAAGAUAGCAGUGACCCUGACACCGGCAGCGAGGAGGAGGGCGGCAGCCGUCUGUCUCCACCCCAUAGUCCACGAGAUUUCACCCGAAUGCAGGACAUCCCGGAAGAGACUGAGAGCCGAGAUGGGGAGCCUUUAGCUUCCGAGAGCUAAGGGGGCCCCUCCCCCCGCCCGGUGUCCCCUGAAGAACAUUACUGAGGGAGGCAAACCUUGGGGACUCCAAUCUGCCAAUGACAAGGGAACAUUUGAAAGAACUGCUUACUGUCCUUGCCAUCUCUUGGUAUCCUUGGAUACCUGGGGGCCAUUUAGGAAGCGGGGGGAAUUAAGCCACAGUGCCCCCUGCUGGCAUCCAGAAGCUACACUGCAGAUGCCAAUUUUUCAUGCCUUCUUCCCUCUACUUUAGGAAAAUUUAUUUAUUUAUUGUUUAUUAGUUACGGAGGGAGAGGGGAGAUUUAGAGGACCAGGGACAUGGGAACCAAGCCAUAGGGAACAGGGGGCCUUGUCCUUUAACACUACUGGGGUUUAUUCAGGCUUAACCAUGCAGCUGCUGGGUUCUAGCCCUGACACCCCUCCUGAGCAACACCCAUCUUUGAGGAGAGGCUGCAGCCGUAAGCCCCUACUGCCCCUUCAGGAAGGGCUGUGGUCAGGGCCAUGUCCCUCUCCCCUUCCCCUCAACCUCUUACUGCUGUUCCCCCUUCUCUCUGUCUUCUGUGGAAACCCCAGGAACUUAACCUGGCUUCCUAGAGUUGAUGGAAUGGAGGUUGAGGUGGCCAUAAUGGUUUGUUGGGGGAUGAGGGGGAAAACUCACAGGGACCAGAAUGGUUUUUUGUUGUUGUUGUUUUCUUUUUUUUGUACCAAAGCCAACUGCACGUGUUUUAUAUUUUUAAGAGAAGAUUGUAGGCAAUUAGAAAUUGCAGCCUUCUAUCUCUAAAUCUCUGAAGAACUUGAGGGAUGGGGGGAGCACUGACUUCUCCACUCAUCCAUAGUAAUGGGGGCCCCAUUCUGACCUCUUCCCCAGUCAUUUGGAAAAACAGUUCUAGGGUGAGUUGGGAAAUCUCUCCAAGCCCUGACCUCACCCCCACCUCAGCAACCAUGACCUGAAACCUCAGUGUGAAUUUGGGGGAUUUUUCAGUGGAUCCCCCCUUGCUCAGUGUCCACCAGCCCCGGCCAGUUUUCUGCCAAUUUGAUUAUUUUUAAAAAAGGAAAAAAAUAGAAAGUCGGGGGUGGGGGGGUAAAGCAGGGAAAAUUAAAGUCCUGGAACCCCAGGAAGUGCUGUCUGUUAAUAUCCACGAGUUCUGAGGAUGCUGGUGAUGAGGACAGCCAGGGAGGGCCCUGUGUUCCUCUGAAAGGAGCCUCUUCCUCUCCCAGGAGGGGCGACUGCCUCCCUGAAGACACAGGGCACUAACAGAAGAAACUGGUGCCAACCUGUUUUUGUUGUUGUCUGUGAUACUCACAAAUACAAGGAUAAAAAUGAAGGGGCACUUAGGUUCCAGUGGCUGUUGGGGGGGUUCCAAUAUUAAAAAACCUGUUUCCAUCUCACUGGCAUGCCGUACUCAGAAUUACAUCAGCCUCUUGCCCCCUUCCCUCCCUUUCUGCACAGCUGCAGUUCCCCUUCACAUCUCCCCUCAGAUUCAGCCCUCACUCUGCCCUUGUUCUUCGCAGUGUCAGAAUCCUGGGGUAACCUCUUUAAGACAGUUCCCCUCUCCCCUCAUGGGAGCUGCUCAUUUGCUCUUUGCAUUUGGAGAGGCAGUGAGAGGUUAGGUAGGUUUCGGUUCUGAUUUUUGGUUAAUUUUUUGCUUCCUGUUUCUGGUUAAUAGCCUGCUCUGGGGCUGUGGGGGAGGGAGGCUAAGAGCGGCCAGCGUUGUCUAAAUGCUGGCAGAGCACGUAGACUUCUGUUGGAGCCCAUGGAGUAAGAUGAAAAGAAUGGGGCUCGCAACCUCAGCUGGAAAGAGGAAUUGAAACCACAUGGGGUGUGGGCAGGCUUGGGGGAGCAGCCAGCACCCUCCACUCCUGUAAUUCUCAUCUAUUGGCAUCUGGCCUUGACGAGGUGCUUUCUCAUCUGUCGCAGAGUCUGUGAGGUAACAAUUGUUCUCAUUUUAUAGACAAGGAAACCUGGCCCUGGAGGGUUGCCAGGCCAGCAGAGCAGCCAGGGAAGGGCCAGUCCUAGCUGCAGUCCCCCACUUCCCCUUCUCGGUUGCUCUGCAGAAACACACCGGAGCGCCAGGUUUCCAACACACUGGCCCAUGGCUCAGCAGCUGGGACCCAGCGCCAAAAAGGCAGAGCAGGGGAACGUUAGCAUCCAAAGACCACCAGAAAGGGAAUGCAGGCUUCUCCAGUGUUCUCACGGGUCCAGUGAAGGGUGCUGGUCGGCAGGAAACAGGAGCCUGGAGACAGAGCCCAGAGCUCACAGGACAGCUUUGCUGUCCCUCCUGCUAUCCCUGGGCUGAAACCCCCUCAUCCUCGAUCCCAGAACAUGACGCGACUUUCUCUGACAUGGCACUCACAUCUCUCACCAUUUCUGUCGGUUGCCCCCCUCUGUUCCCAUUUUUGGAAACAGUCUUGCUCUCUGUCGGUCCUGUGCUCCAGAGCCCAGCCUCUUGCCGCAGCAGUGCCGCCUUUCCGUUGCACUGUCCCCUCCGCCUCCCAUCCCUUAGGGUGGGUUUGCAUGUGUUCAUUCACCUCUGACUUGGACCUGUUUAAACUUUGUCAAUAUUUACCUCCGGGUCCCAUAAAACCCAUAAAGCACUGAUGCCCCCAGAGGAGCCAAUAUCCGGAGCCCCAACAGGGCCAUUGGAGGAGCUGCAGGGAGUGGGAAGACGGGCGCUUGAGUGGGGGAGGAUUUUCCAUCCUGAAUUGGCUGGGAACGGAUCUGGAGUUUUGAUACCAGUUUAAACAUUAUCAGAGAGAGGAAAUUAAACAUCAAGAGGCUAAUUAAAUCUCUUUAGCAUGGCUUAA